AUGGCCAUCCUGCGCCGAAAGGAACACCACCCUUUCGUAUCGUGCCUGGUGGUCCUCGGCUCCUCCUGGUUCAUGCUGCUCAUCUUCCGCUGCUUCGCUCUGCACACACCUAGCAACAACCCGCUGAAGAAACCACCCUUCAAGCUCAAGGACACAAUGCGGCACCCCAUCGAAACCCUCGUCAGCGCAAAGUUCCGGGUAACAGCAGGAAUUGAAGAGGGCUAUGCUGUGGUCAUCGUGCAGGAGCACCGCCACCACGUCAACAUGGACGUGACGCAUUAUGAGCGGCUGAACAUGUUCGUGCGUCGCUUCGAGCCCGUGUACUACGACCCAGAGCUGGUGCACCGAAACCACGUGCGGGCAAAGCGUUCCAUCGAGGGCGGCGGGAGUGGCCACGUGCGCGUGCAGAUACGCAGCACUAAACGGUCGCUCAACUUGCAUCUUUCUGCCGACGCGUCCGUGUUCCACGAGGAUCUCGUUGUCGAGUCGUCUACGGAAGGGAUUAUCAACGUUGAUACAAGCCAUAUCUACAAGGGAUACAUUAUCGGCCAACCCCGCAGCCGGGUUUUCGGCUCUUUGCACCGUGGUGUGUUCGAAGGCAGCAUCGAGACCGGCUCGGGCGACAGCCUUUACGUGGAGCGGGCCAGGAGGUUCUUCAACGACAGUCGCCCUUACCACUCGGUGCUCUACUCGAGCGCCGACGUCGAGUUCCCGACGGCUCACCUCGCUCAUGGCCGCGUGGGCCGAAAACUGCAAGCCAUUACCAAAGCAAGCUACAGCGACGAAGGUGACAGGAAUGACACUGAGAAAAUUGGAAUAAGUCAGGCAGAUAACGGCGACUACGAAAGGCGAGACAACGCCACGACAAAAGAUGGCGAGCGAAUUGUCGGAGGACGACGUGACGCCACCGAGAAGACGGAGCGGGAAAAGUUCGACGAUUCUGAAGACGAGAGGGAUACGCUGAAGGGGACGAGAUCUAAGUGGAGGAGGCCCGCCCGACGACGGGCGGGGUCGCGGUCGCGCCGCGUGUGCAACUUGGAGAUCGUCGUCGACAACACGCUCACCGACAGCGUCCUGGAGGAGACGUCGAAUCUGGCGCUGUCGCGGGAGAUCAUCGCGUCCAUUAUCGCCCACAUAGUCCACAAGGUGAACGCCAUCUACGGCGACACAAACUUUGGCGGCAUCGAAGACAUCAACUUCGUCGUGCAACACAUCAUGAUUAGCGAGCCCGGAGACUGUGUGGGUUACAAGACCAAGCACGACCCGCUGUGCAGCACGUCUCUGGACCCGCCGCACCUUCUGUACCUUGUGUCGGUGACGCGCCACGACGACUACUGCCUCUCGUACAGGCUCAACUACCGGGACUUUUCGGACGGCACUCUGGGGCUUGCGUGGAUCGCCAGCGACGAACUGGGCUCUGGCGGCAUCUGCGAGCGGUACCGCACGUCCGUGGAGCUGGACCCCGCCAGUGGCGACUACGUGCAGGUCAAGAUGAGCCUCAACACUGGCAUCACCACGCUCAUCAACCACAGGCAGUACGUGGGGCUGUCCGUAGGCGCGCUCACGCUCGCCCACGAGAUUGGUCACAGCUUCGGAUCGCCCGUGAGUCGAACCUGCGUCACAUUUAUUUCCGUAUUCCAGCAUGGAUGUCGCUCACUGAUGCAGCUCAGCGGCCUUUAAGGGGGCCCUACAGCAGA